GCGAGAGGGAGAGGCCCGCAGCUAUACGUCAAAAUCGAGUGUGUAAAUUUUCUUUCCCCCAAAACGCAGAGUUUUAAUAUUCGCGAGCGUACUUUUGUAAUUCACAAUGUAUAUAUUUCAUGUUUCUUCUGCCUAAUUCGCUGCCCGUGUUGAAUUUAGUUUCCCAGUGCAUUAGUGCUGCCUUUUGCGAGUUAGAAAUAUUGUUUUCGCUAGUGCCCCGAACUCCACACGCAAAAGUGAGAGUGAAUUCGCAGGAAUUCGAAUGUCGGUGCGUUCGUCCACUUUUGGCUGCUUUGGCUGAAAAGCGGUCCUUGCUUCGUGCGAAGAGCGAACGGCAAGAAGAACGAAUAUGUCGGAAAUGAAACGUGUGACACUGACAACGAUUGGUGAUGUGGUAAAGAAGAGUCCUUUUGGCGGCAGUGGAGCGGACCAAAACACGGAGAAUUUCUUCUCGGGAGCCAUCGCCGGUGGAAGUGCAGCCGCGUCGACGGGAUCCGGUCCGAAGGGUGGCAACAGUAGUUCUGGAAAGGAGCGAAAAACCGUACGACUAGAGCUGGAACUGUUUGAACCAACGACGAAAAGCUUCCCCGAGUUUAACUACUCCAAGCUCGUACGCGAGGAGCAGAAACGCCAGCGCAAGCUCGAGAAGAAAACCCCAACCUCCAACGGGUUCCUGUCCGAUGCCGACGGAGAUGACGACGUGGCCCGGAUCGCGAGGGAACUGGAAAAGAAGUACGGCUCGGGCACGGCGUACAGCAGCACCGGUAAAUUCGCCAAACCCUCCCAGCUCGAUUACUGCGACCGGGGGGCCGGGUACGACGAGGAGGACUCCUUCAUCGACAACACGGAGGCCUACGACGAGCUGAUUCCCCAAGAGGUGGAGACGGUCGGCGGGGGCUUCUACAUUAAUUCGGGCCAGCUGGAGUUCAAAACGCUUUCGAACUUCGAGCGGCCCGAGGAUGCGCUGCGGAUGCCCAAGCCGAAGAAGAGGGUGCUCUCGAGUUCGAGCGACAGCAGCGAACCGGAGGAGGAGGAGAGCAAAUCGAAGGCGAAGAAGAAAGACGAGUUGGCCGGCAGUACGGGUACGAGUGAGGCUGAAAGUGCUGCCGGGAAGGGUGGUAGCAAGGUUGGGCGCAAGCGACUGAACGGACAUGUCGAAAAGAAGCAGAAGGUUGGGGACGAAAAGAAGAACGCGAAAUCAAUGACCCAUAAGGAAGGAAAAAAGAAGAAGGAACCGAAGGAUAUGAACAGCGCAGUUGUUGCGGCUGCCGGUGUAGGUGGAAAGGAAAUGAAGGUUAUCAAGACUACAACAGUGAAGGAUAUGUUGCGAGCGAAACGAGAUAGUCUGAGGAAAAUGGAACAGGAGAAGAAAGGCAGGAGCAGCGGAACGGCGUCGAGUUCCGAAGCCGAAGAAGACAACGAGGAGGGCGGUGAAGAUGACGGAGACGAGGAUGAGAGUGAUUCUAGUGAUAGUGGUUCCAGUGAAAGCGGUUCAGAUGAGUCGGAUAGCGAGAGUGCUACGGCCAGUGAAACGGACACAAAAGUCAAUGGAGAAACGGAAGCGAAAAAGGUGCUGGAUGCUGUAAAACUGCCAGAUAAUCUUCCAGAUCACUUGCUGCAGGAUUUGACUAGCCUUAAGGAAAUCGCGAAGAAUGUUAAUGGUAAACUGAACUAUUUCGACAUGAAGGUGGCGGAUCUGUUGCUACAGAUCGAUGUCAGCUCUCGUAUGUGCGGAGGCAAUGCUCGAAAUAGUAUAUACAAACAUUUGGAAGCUCACUUGCAAGUCAGCAGGCAAACUCUUAUGGUAAAAAUAAAGAAGAUUCGAAUACGCAAGGAGGAGAACAAGGUGAAGAAAGCCCUCGAAAAGCUGGAAGAUGCGGUUUCGGAAAUGAUGCCAAGAGUAAUUACAAACUACGAAAUGGAGAAGCAGAAGUCAAGCGAGCUUCGCAAUUUGCUACUGGCAGCUGGUGAUGGCACCGAAAAGCCCGACGUCAAAACUCCAAAGAAGAAAUUCCCUUGGAAUGAGCAGGUUCGAGGUUUGUUGUACGAUGUUGCUAACAUUCGGAAGCAAUCCUUCCACAUCUUACGGCCUAGAAAGGAAACCGAAGAGGAAUACAUUCACAGCUACCUGAAGAAAUAUGUUGUUCCGCUUUGGCCGAGUGGAUGGAUAAAAUUCGAAGACCUUCAGAAGGAACUCGACCGUCGGAAAAAGACAACCAGUAAGUCAGCAAACGGCAAGGAAAUCAAAAAAGCCGUCCAAUUGCCCCCAUCGACGACAUCAUCGGAUCAGACACAAACACUCGCCAAUGGUCCAACUAGUAAACAGGAAACAGUAUUACCUCCCUCCACUGCUGCCGGAUCUAGCAAAACCGAGGAGAGAAAGAUGGUGAGGGCUCCGCCACAAUCAUCGCCGGCGAUAACUGUAAAUACCUCGCAACCGCCACCCAGCACCUCUCCCGCUGCCACCAAGAAGACUUACAAUCACAGCAUAAUAAAUAUCAUAAGCUCACCGCCAAGCAAAAGUUCCUCACAUUCCAGUAAUGUUCUGCUGCAGCAACCACCACGACCUCAAUCACAGCCACAUCGGCCCGCUGCUGGGGCUACCUUUGAUGAGGAGUUCUUGCAGACGCACGUCAUCAAUUUGGAAACGGCUCACAACUCGACCAAGAAGUCUCCGCCAAUCACUUCCACCUCCUCCACUCUGGAAUACCUCCCGAAAGACCUCAGAAUUAAUUCGCCAGCCCUAUCGUCUGCCUCUUCCACGUCUUCUUCCCGGAGGCCAUCGUCGUAUCAGGAACAACCACCAGUUGCCCACAGUACCCCACCGAACGCUCACGCUUCUUCUAGUCGCAAAAACCGCAACAAAAGUCGCGAUGAGGACAGUGAUAGCAGUAUCGAAAUCAUUGGGGAAUACAGCGUGGCCGAGAAGAGUGCGGAUCCGCUUAACUUGGCGCUUCCAACCCUUAACAAAGACAAAUACAAGAAAAUAGGCAAUAGUAGCAAAGCCAAACAUGGAAGUGGUUCCAGUAGUUCUCCGGGAAUCGGGAGUGCUGGGGUGAGUAUCAAUAACAACAUGGAUAAGGCGAAGUUUAGUGCAGCUGCUGCGGCGGUGUCCGCCGGUGGAUUCGCUCUGCCUUCCAUGGCAGCGUUGGUGCAGGAUAUGAAAAAGAACCCUAACGUAGUGCCACGAAUGGCAUCCGCCCCCGGUGAGCUGGACGUCAUACGUAUAAUGAAGGAACUCCAAGAACUGCAGGCAAUUCAAAUGAGUUCCAUCAACAAAGCGGCGGCCGCACAAAAGAGCGACGGACCGAAAAUGAUUCAUACCUCCUCAACGGGGGCAAAGAAGAUGGACCUCUCUAAACACCAGGGUCAGUCUGCGACUGCCCCGCAACAUCAACAACAAUCAUCACACCACAAAAGACCAACUGUUUUGAAUAUCAAUGGAUUCGGCAGCAGUAGUAGCAGCAGUAACAAAACUGAUACUGGCGCUAAACCGAAAGAACUGAGCUCGGUGAUAAGUGGCAAUGGAAAAGGCGGGCCAAAAUAACAUAGAACAAAAGCCAUGAAAGAUAAACCGAAACACACGCGCACCCGUGCAUCAAAGAUGUUCGUUCAUGUUAUCGUUAUUCGUGUAAAAACAAAACAUUUAUUGGUAAGAGAUUUGAGUAGUGAGUAUACAACAGAGUAAAAUUCUCUAGAUAAAUUAAUCAUAGUAGAGAGGACUUCUCAAAAGCGUUGGGCCGAAUUUAGCGAACACAAACAAAAAAAAAUCUGUAACAUACAUAUAUAUGAAGUCACAAGCAAAUAAAUUUAUUUUAUUAAACUACAAUUUUGAACAAAAAAAGUUUACUCUUUCGGAAAGCUUUUGUUCAUAUUUAUGUUUUCGUUUAGUCAUUACUUUUAAGGAUUUACUUUUGUUUGAAAAUAUUAUUCAUAAUUUUAUCUUGAUUCUCGAGUGCGUUCACAAACUGUCGAGUUAUGGAAGGAAAACAAAGAUGGAAUACAAAAGGAAAAAAAAAAUCAAUAAUGUUAAAUUAUAGACAUAGGAAUGCAGAAUUAAAUCUAACAAUCAUUUCA